CCACCACUCUGUUAGUGGCUCCGCCACAGUUGAAGAGGGUGUUGUAUUCUUCCGUUGGUAGAUACUCAAACACGCAACGCAACCCAUUUGUUUGCCACAAAAUUGGAGAAAACAACACUGAAUAAGAUUCAUUUGGGCCCCGCCUACACUAGAAUCCCGCCAGCAAUCAAAUAUAAUGGUUAACAAAAAUCCCAAGGAAUUCCCUCUUUUUAGAAACUUGAAGAUAAUUUUUCCGGGAAAAAGAACUUGAAGAUUUUCUCACAAUCCAAACAUUAUUAUUCUUUCAUUCCAGUCACUCACCGAAUAAUGGAGCCUCUCUGCCCGAAUUUUGAUCUCCUAAAAUCCUCUUCAGUUCCCCUCUUUUCACAUCGCUUGUCGUCCAUAAAUCGCGGCAUUAGCAAAAGGUCGAGUUCGUCAUUUCCCUGUGUUUCUUCUUAUAAUCGAAACUGUAAUCCUCAGGCAUCGGUUAAAACAGAGGCCCCUACGCAACAACAACCCACCGGUCAUGACUUGAUCAAGUCGUUAACAAAAGGGUUUGUUGGUUUCGCCGCUGCGGCCACGGCUCUGGCCUCCGUUUGUAGUGAUUCGCCGGCUUUUGCUGAGUCCCUCACAGUUGCUUUCCCUGUUUCCCGCGCUCAAGAGGUAAACACAGUGCAGAGAACUCUUGUGGAAGCUUGGGGACUGAUAAGAGAAACAUUUGUUGACCCAACGUUUAAUCAUCAAGACUGGGAUUUGAAGUUGCAGCAAACAAUGGUGGAAAUGUUUCCCUUGAAGUCGGCUGAUGCCGCAUAUGGUAAAAUCAGAGGAAUGCUUUCAACUCUUGGAGAUCCCUUCACUCGGAUUAUCAGUCCAAAGGAGUACCAAAGUUUUAGAAUUGGAAGUGAUGGGAAUUUGCAAGGAGUUGGUCUAUUCAUAACUGUCGAACCAAAAACUGGUCAUUUGGUUGUUUUGUCAUGCGUAGAGGGUAGCCCAGCUGCUCGUGCUGGUAUACAUGAUGGAGAUGAGUUGAUUGAGAUUAAUGGGCAGAGACUUGAUGGUGUUGAUAGUGAAGCAGCAGCCCAGAGGCUUAGAGGGAAAGCCGGAACAUCGGUUACAGUAAAGCUCCACAGAGGAAAUGGUUCAGGAAGUGGUUCUAGUAUCAAAGAGGUCAAACUACCUCGUGAGUUAAUUAGGCUUUCACCAAUAUCCAGUACCGUCAUCCCUCAUAGAACCCCAGAUGGCCGUCUAACAAAGACUGGUUAUGUGAAGCUGUCAACAUUCUCACAGACUGCUGCUACAGAAAUGAAGAAUACAAUCCAUGAGAUGGAGAACCUGGGUGUACAAUCGUACAUACUGGAUUUGCGGAACAACCCGGGAGGUCUAGUGAAAGUUGGACUUGAUGUUGCUAAGAUAUGGCUAGAUGGGAAUGAGACUCUUGUGAACACAGUUGACCGUGAUGGGCAUAUGUCACCCAUCAACAUGGCCAAUGGCCAUGCUCUAACGCAUGAUCCUCUUGUUGUUCUUGUGAACGAGGGAAGUGCGAGUGCAAGUGAGAUUUUGGCAGGUGCACUACACGACAAUGGUCGAGCUAUCCUUGUUGGCCACAAGACUUUUGGUAAAGGGAAAAUUCAGCAUCAGAUGGAUCACAUCCAACUGUUUCCCAGCAACAUUAAAUGAAGCCUUAAUCGUUCAAAGCUUUAUUCGACAUAAUUGCUGAAUGAUUUUCGGUCGGUGCAGAGUAUCACGGAGCUACAUGAUGGAUCUGCUCUUUUCGUAACGGUUGCAAAGUAUCUAUCACCUGCUCUUCAUGACAUAGAUCAGGUUGGCAUAACGCCUGAUGUACAGUGCACGACGGAGAUGCUGAAUUCACCGAAGGAAACAUUGAAGGGAAAAAGCUCGGUUUCAUCUCUGGAAGCUGAUUCAUGCAUUAUGGUGGCAGAGCAUGAGUUGGACAUUCAAGAAUCCAAAGGUACAGCUUCUUGAAACACAUGAUUCUGCAGAACCAAACAUUUAGAUCCUAGAAGCAAGAUGUGUAUAUAUAUAUAUCAAAAGUUAGAACAUAAACUCCAUGCUCUACUCAACUAUCAAUUAAUACAGUCAACGUAAGUUGUAUAUCAGGACUUUAGAGUGUUAGAACUACACAUUAAGAGCCUGUCUCAAAUGCUGUGGAAAGUAACAAACAAUUGCAGAUGAUUUGUAUGAAUAAUUCAUCAUUUUAUUUAUUGGAAAAAAAAAUAUCUUAGAAGUA